AUGAACAACUUUGGCGUCAUAGAAGUAGCCUCGACAGCAACAAAAACCACCCCCGGUUGGGCCUACGUCCCCGACACCGGCCCCUCCCUGUCAGCCACCGCCCUCCAGCCAAAGAACCGCAAACGAGCCGCGCGGAAUACCCAGCCUGGGCUGAGCUUGUCCGACUUGACAGCUCGACAAGAAAACAAGUUGAGGAAAGAUCUCGAGGCGCUGAAUCGAGACAAUCAGAGGGAUGUGAGCAUUCCUGUUCCGAGUAGCAGUAGAUCGUCACAGAAACACACCCCCACCGUCCGAAAAAUCCUCCAGUCUCAAAAGACGUUUGCGAACCAUCUCGAUGAUUACCAGGCUCUGCUCGCGCUGGCGGAGAGUAACCCCGCCGCGGUGGUGAACAAUCCGUUGCUUUUCCUCAAUAAACCAGUGGUGGCGACUCCGCAGGCGAAGAGUGCGAGUCCUGCUCCGGUGAGGGAAAAGGGUGGGAGUAAAAGGGGGCAGGCGGCUGCUAAACGGGCGGCGGUGAAGGCGGCGGCGGCGGCGGCGGCGGAGGAGGAGGAGGAGGAGGAGGAGGAGAGGAAAAGGGCCAGACAACUCGCGGCGGAAGGGGAAGAUGUGGAAAUGAUUGAUUCUCCUGCUGCUCCUCCGGACGAGGUAGAGAAGCUGGUUGAGACGUAUCCGGCGGAUGGGACGAUUCUGCCGGCUUAUAGGAAAAGGCCGCCGGCGGCGCAUCCGGGGGAUGACGAUCCUUUGCUUGUGUCGGUUGUUCCGAGUUUUCCGACGGAUGAGGAGCUGAGGAGCUUGAUGACGGCACCGCCGUUGAGUUACAUGGACUCGAGGGCUUCUUUUGGGGAGGAGGGGGAGAGGUACCCGAUCAGGGUGUUUUGCGAGAUGUGCGGGUAUUGGGGUAGGGUCAAGUGUAUGAAGUGUGGGGUGAGGGUUUGUGGGCUGGAUUGUUUGGAGGGGCAUAAAGAGGAGUGUGUUACUAGGUAUGGGCUUUGAGGAUAUGGAAGAGGGGUGUUUGGGAUUAUAUAUGGUUGGAAACAAUGAUACCCUGGAGUUUUUGGUUGUGGAAGGGAUCUGGUCUGGUUCAAGUGUGGUUUGGAAAUACCCAAAUUCAAUGACCAAAUCAACGACAAGUUGAUCCAAGUCUGCUUAUUCAUUUCAUGCAACAUGAACAAGAGUCAAGCAUGUCUGGGGGAUGUGGUAUCAACAAGCCUAGCUGGGUCAGGUUUAACUUGCACAGCAUCAACAAAGAUCCCAAGCCGGAGCUAAACCACUUGGUACAAACAAUUCACAUCACGAACCCCAACCCAAUCAACGCCUCCUCGCAGCACCACCCCCGUGCCCACCACCAUCGGCCCUAUCAGCAAGCGAAACCACCUCCCCAAUCCCGGCAGCCUCCUGCUCGUCCUCCAUAGCCGUGAUCUCCUCCCUGCAAUCCCACCACUUCUCCUCGCUCAGCUCGAAAGCCUUGGACUUGAUCUCUUUGAUGCUCAGCGUCUCAGGCUGGAUGUUCUUCCACCUCAGAUUGGUCAUCAAAAUCUCCUGCCACUCGUUCGACGUCCUCUGGAAAAAGUCCCUGCGGCUCUCAAACGGUCUCGGAUGAGGCAAGCCGUCAUCCACCACUUCAUCUUGCUCCUCAGCGGCAGCGGCAGCAGUCUCCGCCUCCCCGUGUUCUCGUUCCGAAGGAGUAGAUUCCGCGUCAGCGGCCGAAGAAGCGGGAGCUUUCCUCCCGCGUUUGGAAGGGGUGAAGGGCUUGCUGUUGUUCUUUUCAAUACCGCCCUCCAUUUCUUCAUCUUCACCUUCAUCUUCUUCCUCUUCCGAGUCGGAGUGAUCUUCCUCGUCGUCAUCCUCGUCAUCAUCAUCUUCAUCCUCGGAUUCCUGUGGUUCACAGUCUCAGUCGAUACGUUCCGCAGUUUGCGACGCUCGAAACUUACAAUCCAGUCUGGCAAAGGCCUAUUGAAAAUCUCCUUGCACCCAUCCAACUUCCCAAGGUCAAUCGCGUACAUGUCAUCAAAAAUGACAUCCCUGCCCCCCUUGUCCAUAAUCCCGCCGUAAAUAUACAACACAUCAUCCUGCACCGCAAGCUGAGCGUUAAACCUCGCAUGAGGCAGCUCAUUGCUGACAGGAAACUCCUUCCUGGCCGGCGGUUCGUCAGGUUCCUGUUCACCAGGCAGGUCAAUAUCCAUCACAUCAUCAUCAUCACCACCACCACCACCAGCAGUAAGCUUCGCCAAAGACCUCAGCAAUUCCUCCUCAUUAGCCUGCCGAUUCCCCCUUCUCCCUCCACGCUCACCACCACCACCACCCCCCUUUUUCCCAGCAUUAUUAGUCCUCGGUUUCCUCAGUCCAAGAGGAAAGAACCUGUUCCGCUCAAUAUUCCACGCGAAAAGCUGGUUGAAAAAAUCAGAGUCGACAUCCUCCUCCGUCUCCUCAUGAUCAUGCACACCCCCAAACAUGAUCCCUCUCCCCUUGUGGAACGCCAUCGCGGCGCCGGUACGGGGUGGGUUGGGCGCGUUGGCCGGUUUUUUUCUUCGCUCCCAUCUCACUGUUGGAAGGGUACCCUGUGGCGCGUCCGACGGCGGGGGAGUGACACGCAGAAAAAAACAAUCCGUGUGGAUCAUGCCCACCACUUUUGUCAUUUUGGCUCCAUGACCGCCGCCCUUUGACUUCUUGCCCGAUUGCUGCCCGCCUUUUCCCGCGCCGGGGUUGACCUUGACCCGGGAGAAACCGCCGUACAGGACGGCGCCCUGGUCGUGGGGCAAGAAAGUGAAGCUGGACCGGGGAUCGGGCUUGAGCUGGGCCGGGGGGAGGGAGGGGGUGUGCCAGACAAAGCUGGUGGUGUCAUAAAUCCAGACGUCACCGAGGUACUUGUGAUCGCCGGUUGUUUCUUGGAAUCCUCCAAAGAGGAUGAUGUACUGCUUGUAGUAGGUCAGGCGGUGACCCGACCUGGCCGGGGGGGAUUUCCCUUUCGUCUCGACGCGGGUCCACUCUUUGGUCGAGCAGUCGAGCUUCCAGAAGUCGGAGUAGUGGUAGAAGGUUCCUUGCUUGGGGGAGGAGAACUCGCCGCCGAAGAGGUAGAUGGACUUGGAGUCGUUGCCGCCGCGGCACCAGGCGUGGGAGGACCUGGGGAGGGGGGCGUUGGGGGAGGUGAUGGAGCGCCACUCGUCCUUGUCGAUGUAGUAGACAUAGAGCUUGUUGAAGAAGCUGGCGCGGGCGCCGUCGUAGAGCUCGCCGCCGAAGAGGAGCAGCUGGUUGGAGUUGACGGGGUUGGCGAGGAAGGAGGCGUAGCUGCUGACGGGGGGUGGGGCGUCGAGGACUGUCUCGGUGAUUCUGUGGUGCUGCUCUUGCUGCAGGCGCAUCUCCUCGAGGACGGCAUCGAGAUCGACGUCGUCGUCCGAGUCGACGUCGCCGUUGUUUUUGGACGCCUUGGACUUUGACUUUUUGUCCGCCUUUUUCUCUUGCUUUUGCUUCUUCUCGGCGAGCUUGGCCUGUUUGGACUCGGACUUGCCCUUUUUUCCCUUUGCCUUGGCCAUGGCGGACGAGACGUCGGGUGAGACGUGUGAGUGAGAUGUGUUUCUGAGGUGAGGGUGAGAAGAAGACUUUGUGAGGUGCGGAGAAGUAGCUAUGCGAUGUCGUUGAGAGGCGUCUCCACCUUUCAGAAACUGCAGGUGGUUGUCUGAAUCAGGUUGUUGUGAUGAUGGAACAAGAG